CACAUAUCCAAUCACGUGAUAUCCCACACCGUCUCGUUUGCCAUUGGACAAAUUCCGGAGUUUGUGCGCCUACGCUUUACCGUGAACUCGUGGCACUAGUGCAAUAUGACGGCCCGUGAAAGACAGCAAGAGACGAUCAAACUCUUGAAAGAUGUGGAAGAUUUCUUCCCACUGAUUAUGUAUCGUUUGAAUCCGAGAGAGAGACAACAAUGCACGCAAUUGCUGGAGAGGUUGGAAGCUGCAAGAGCAAAACUCGACGGGCAACAGCCGCCAACCGACGAUGAUCUCUACCUUCCGAUGGAACCGGGAAACGUAGGCCCUGGCUAUGCGACGCUUGAACCUAGCGGAAAAGCAUCGGGAUACACAGAGGUCAACGUUGAGCAUCCUGAAGAGUCUGACAUGUACAGCUAUGCAGAUCCCGACCAGCUGAAGAGACCAAUCAUAGGACAGAAUCCUAAGGGUGAGUAUGUGGGGUUAGGAAGAAGAGACGAUGAAGAGAAAGACGGAGAUGGAGAACAGAAGACAACAGAUGGUCAGUCUGGGUACAUCAAUGUAGUCAAAGACAAUGACUGUCUUGAAGUGAAAGAAGAAGGCAGAAAGGAAAGCAGAGAUGACGGUUACAUAGAUUUUUUAUCUGGAGACAAAGGACAAACCAAAGCUAAGAAAACCAAGAAGGGAAAGAAAGAGCAAAAGAGGAAAGCAUCCAAAGGCACUAUUGAUGAUGAUGAUGCUGGUGGUGAAGCAGGUGAAGGUGAGGCAACAAGAGAGGAUGUGGACGAAAGCCGAGUGAGACCUGGUAAGCUGCUGUUUAGAAUGGGUGCCAAAGUGAAAGGUACCUUGACUGGACUUUCAUCAAGGAGAGGACAACAGGGUCAACAAAGUCCGACUAUUAGAAGGAAACGAGAAGAUACAAAACUAAUAGUAAACAUGUCCGAUCUUGUCAACCCUGAGUACGAAGGAAUGCUACAACGGCGAAAGCACGGCAUCAGUCGAGGAUGGGAAGGAGAAGUCUGGUAUAUCCUACAUAGUCACACACUAUACCACUGCAGAUCAAAAGAUGAUGAAUAUGCUACCAAGGACUUCCCAGUGUUUGCAUACUCCAUCAAACCGUUUGUUAACAAACAGCAAGACCCUGCGUUUGAACUGAGCCAUCCAGGUGUGAGCACUGAAGUGUACAAAGCUGAAACCAUAGACAAAAGAGAUGAAUGGAUCGGAGCACUGACAGCAGCAACACAAAUCGAGGGACUAGAAUCACAACAGCCAGAUGUGCACGACAAACCAUAUGGAGCUGAACCAGAAAAUAGUGAAUUUGUGGAGGACGAUGUGUAUGAAAAUGCUGAUGAUGAACCACCACAGAAGAACAAAGAUGAAAUGCAUCCUGAGCAAGCAACAGAAGAAUUGGAUGUUUAUGAAAACCCCGACACUCCUAUUGCACCAAAACCACCAUCAGUACGACGCAAAGUUUCCAUAUCAGCUAGUAGAAGUGCAUCACAGGAGAUGACUUAUGAAAAUGUUGACAUUGAGCUAUAUGAAGAUGUGGAAGAAGAACAGUAUGUUUAUCGUGCAAUCAAGUCUCACAAGGCAGCCGAUGAUGACGAAAUAAGCUUUGCUUCUGGUGAUCUUGUACUAAUGGACAACAUGGAUGACCGUAACUGGUGGGUAGGGACUAUACAAAAUAAAAUCACACGAGAAUUCAGUGGAGAACGAGGCUUCGUGCCAAAGGCAUACUUUGUGUUGAAAGCAUCUUCGUAAACACAGCAAGAAGACAAAUGUAGUUAAGGCUAUUGAUUCUUGUCAUUCGUACUAUAGUAAUAACACUCAUCACCAAGUUGGUAUGUAUGCUAUGUGACAAGCUUUAGUCAUUUAUGAUAACAGUAUAAAGCAGCGUAUUUCUAUUGGUCCCAGA